UUCUAUAGCGUCAUCAACGAGGAUUUAUUGGUGCAGGGCCGCUCAGAAACAGCCGACGUAACCUCUAGCCCCGAGUCCCCUGGGGACUGGCCCAACUCCUUGCCAGGCAGCCGAAGGAACCAGUGUUCCCCUUGUACGCCUCCCGUGUCACACCGGUCCUGUCACGGCUCGUGCAGGGAGAUCUCACACCGCGCACACGACCAUUGGCUCGUCGGCGGCUAACGACGCCUAACGCCGACGCGUGAAAUUCUCCACCCCGGUGUAAAGACCCGUCACAUUGCCGGCCCGUUACAGGUAGUUGUCGGAACACACUUUCGUGUGAAGAACUCCCUCGUGAUGGCCAGUGACGUCGCCGCUUACCUACCGCCCCGCCAGAGCCCGCAAGGCGGGACGGCCCCCACCUGGCCCCCGAUGCUCGACUUCCCCCAGCUCGGUUACCCCAGCGGCACCGGCUCCUACCCGCCCUUCAUGCCGCCGGGCAUCAAGCAAGAGCCGGCCUGGGCGCACGAAGAGGACCGCGGCUACACCAGCGCCUUCUCGGUCCACCUGUCCACCAGCCCCCGAGGAACAUCGCUGGGAGGGUACGGUGCCUUCCCCGCCGGGUCGCCCAGCCACGGUUGUUCGGCAUCAGUGACGAGUCAGCCCGCCCAGCUCUUCUCCAGUCCCACGUACAUAAGCCGCCAGAUGGACACACCUUCGUGCUCUCAGGGAUUUCCGAGUUACGACUCGACCAGCCUGUCGGACGACAUCAACUCCAGGAGCUACAUGUUCGCCCGUUCUGCGCAUGCGUACCGACAGGGCGGCGAGCCGGGCCCUCUGACGUCACCGCACCCCCUGCAGACCAACAUGGCGGACUGCGAGUACGCGCGAAGCACCUACAGCGCAUGCGUCAUGUACUCCGCGUCCAUGGCGGCGAGUCUGGAUUACUGCGCUGCCACGAGGUCACCCAAGAAAGAAAACUGCAGCUACCCGGGGUUGCACAGUCCCAGCCUGCCCCGCGGCCUGGAGCAGAUCCAGCGCACAUGCGCAGUAAGGCUGAUGACGGAGGAGAAGCGGCCGUUCGUCUGUCCUUACCCAGCAUGCAACAAGCGCUACUUCAAACUGUCUCAUCUACAGAUGCACAACAGGAAACAUACAGGUGAGAAGCCGUUCCUGUGUGAGUACACCGGCUGUGGGCGGCGCUUCUCCAGGUCCGACCAGCUCAAGAGACACAUACGGAAACAUACAGGUGUGAAGCCGUUUUCGUGUGAGACCUGUGGUAGAAAGUUCUCCCGCUCAGACCAUCUCAAGACGCACACAAGAACACACACAGGGGAGAAGCCGUUCUGCUGCCGGUGGCCGAACUGCUUGAAGCGGUUCGCGCGGUCGGACGAGCUGGUCAGGCACCACAACAUGCACCAGAGGAACCUCACCAAACUGCACACGCAGUUCUAACGUGUGUACACGCAUGUACACAAGGAACAAUAACGUCACUACCGUGUGAAUGGACAGAUGAUGGAGGGGAAAAUAUAAAAAACGGAGACAUCUACGUUUUGACGCAAACCGAAGUAAUUCUAUUAUUAGUCCUUUACGCCACUAUGGAGAUUUGUGACAUCUUGCCAUAGAAUAUUCUUCGGCAAGGCUGUGGCUUUUCGGUACUGGUUGCGUGUGCCUUGAGGAUGGUCGUAUAUCAUGAGGGAAAAUUUUGAAAAGUUAACGUUACUACUAUUAUAUCCCGAUGAUACCCAACUGUUCAGCGUCCUCGUCCGACCUGUUCCUGUCUUUGUUUUACCGUUGUGGACCGAAACGAUUCUGUCGUGGCCUCUCCCCUUACGGUAUACUAUUAUGGAGUUGCCCCAGAUCGUGUCCAUCAUUUUCGGUUGUCAGGAUAUACUAAGUAUUGAAUACUUUUGUAGAAAGUUGUUACACAAACCAAACCGAACUGUACAGUUAAGUAAAGAUUAAGUACCUCAAAGGCGUUAAGGUCUUUUACUUUUCGAUGUUGUAUGUUGAAACGCCAUUCUUGUUUUAUACAACAUACCUUUGGUGUCGAUGUUUCGCUAUUGUUAUAGUGUUUUGUUAUGAUUGCACUGCUAUGGUACAAACUAAGAUUGUAGAAUAUUUCGGAUGACUCUACAAAAUGUAUAUAUAUAGUGUACACAGUUACAUAUGCUUCAUACUUUGACCGUAUUAGAUAGGAUCAAGUUUUGUGAAGCGUCCAACUGUCCAUUCCGAUUUGUACACUCCGCACCAACCACUGCGUCGUGAUAUGAGGAAAAUUCUUUCCAUACAUACCGCGUGCCAACUCCAAUUCAACGGCGAGUACAUUCACGUCGGCGGUGACACCGGGAGACGGCCGAGGGUUUCUUCGGGCCAGCUUUGACGUCCCACCGCCCAGGACGUCCCGCCGGCCCGCCCCACCUGAAAAUUCCCGCGCACCGCAGCCACAUAUCAGGUGCCACUGACGAACGCCGCGCAAGCCACUUCAAAGCCUUCGUUGCGUUCCCCCGCGGUGAGAUAGAUUGCCUUGUACUUCACUUUCUCUGGCUCAUAAAUGGAGUCUUUAUACAUACCAUAUGAUUAUUUUCAUAUCAGAAUGUUAUGUUUAAACACUUCCACAUGUGUAACCGAUCCAGGUCAAAUCGUUUAAUAUCGCGUUAUUGUGUUCUGUAAAGUUGGCCCCAAUCGGUAUGAAGUUGUCCAUGUUUGUAAAAUAUGCUAAUAAACUUUCUUGUUUUGACACAUA